CGCUUCCAUCGCACUCCCCUGAACCCUACUUCUUUAUUUUCUCCUCUCUCCUAUAUCCUAGCUUCCCAACUCUCUUUUUCUCUCCCUAGCCGCCGCCCCCACCACACCCACCGCCACAACCGCCGCAAUGUCAAGUUCAAUCUUCGAAGAUGGCUUCUCCUCCGAUCGGCUCUUCAACCAGGGCUACUCCUACACCUACGAUGACGUCAUCUUCCUUCCUCACUACAUCGACUUCCCCACCGACUCCGUCCAUUUGGCCACCAGCCUCAGCCGCCGCGUCCCUCUCUCGAUCCCCUGCGUUUCGUCCCCCAUGGACACCGUCACCGAGGCCCACAUGGCCAUUUCCAUGGCCGCCCUCGGUGGCAUCGGCAUCAUCCACUCCAACACGACGCCGUCUGAGCAAGCCCACAUGGUUAAAGCCGUCAAAUCCCGCCGCGUCCCGGUUCUCUCCAAUCCCGUUUUCAAAUCCCCAAGCGAUCGAAUCCAAUCUGAUGACGUCUUCGACUCUUCCAACCCCUACGUCCUGGUCACUGAGAAUGGGGGUCCCAGUUCGAAGCUUUUGGGGUACGUGGCGGGUAGAGAUUGGGCGACAUUAGGAGACAAGGAGGUGAAGAUUUACGAUUACAUGGUGAACUGUACGGACUUAACGGUGCCGUGGAGUUACGAUUUGGGGCGGAUUGGGGAGCACAUGGAGGAGAAAAGGCGAGAUGUGGUGGCUACUGUGAGGGACGAUGAGGUUGUGGAUGUGGUGGCGAAGGAGGAGGUGGAGAGGAUUAAAGGGUACCCGAAAUUGGGGGUGGGGACGGUGGGGCCCAACGGGGCGUGGCGGGUCGGGGCGGCAAUCGGGACAAGGGAGACAGAUAAGGAGAGAUUGGAGGGGUUGGUGAAGGCAGGGGUUGAUGUGGUGGUGUUGGACAGCUCUCAGGGGAACUCCAUUUAUCAGAUUGAGAUGAUUAAGUAUGUGAAGAAAACUUACUCGAAUUUGGAUGUGGUUGGUGGGAAUGUGGUGACGGUGAGUCAGGCGCAGAAUUUGAUUCAGGCUGGUGUUGAUGGGUUGAGGGUUGGAAUGGGAUCUGGCUCCAUUUGUACCACACAAGAGGUCUGCGCCGUCGGGCGGGGGCAGGCAACUGCUGUUUACAAGGUUGCAUCUAUUGCUUCACAAAGUGGUGUGCCUGUCAUUGCUGAUGGUGGAAUUUCCAAUUCUGGACACGUUGUCAAGGCUUUGGUCCUUGGGGCUUCAACUGUCAUGAUGGGAAGCUUCUUAGCUGGAAGCACUGAGGCUCCUGGGGCUUAUGAGUAUCAGAAUGGUCAUCGCAUAAAAAAAUAUCGAGGCAUGGGAUCUCUUGAAGCAAUGACAAAAGGCAGCGACCAAAGGUACUUGGGUGAUACAGCUAAGCUGAAAAUUGCACAGGGGGUGGUUGGGGCAGUUGCAGACAAAGGUUCUGUUUUGAAGUUCAUACCUUACACAAUGCAAGCUGUGAAACAAGGUUUCCAAGAUCUUGGUGCUUCUUCUCUGCAAUCUGGUCACGACCUCCUAAGAACAAGCGUUUUAAGGCUAGAGGUAAGAACAGGAGCAGCACAAGUAGAAGGUGGAGUUCAUGGGCUGGUUUCUUAUGAGAAGAAGUCAUUUUGAUGGAUAUAUCUCUUCAUCCUUGGUUGCUGUUGGUGCUGCCUCUUGCAAUCCCUCCAUGUUUCAUUCUGCAACCAAAUAUCACUAAUUUUGCAUGAGUGACAAGGAUCGAUUGUCAGUUGAGCGGCAAAAGUUUUGGUCUUAAACAGUUCUCUGGCUUUUUGUUGGUUACCAUGAGAGCUUCCAUAUCUACUGCAUCUUGUUUGACCCUGCACUCUAAGUGGGACAUAUAUAUAACUAGUUUGAUGAUUUAAGUUAUGUCUGUUACUAGUUUAUGCUUUAGCGGAAUGAAACAAGUGCUUUUUAGAAAUUAUUAUGAAAUAAUUUUGUUCCAAUUGUUCAU